UGAGGUCAUUUAGCGAAGUUAUCCAGUUUACUAACUUUAAAUUCCACGUGGCAAGUUACGUUAAGUGAUGUUAAUUUAAUAACUGUGUUGGUUGCUUUGUACCUUUGUCACCGAGUGUUAAAUCCCCGUAGACAUUUGAGAUGGCAUUAAUCAACCGUCCAGAUUUAUGAUUCUCUGUUGAAUUGGUUUCAAAAUCCGAUUCCAUUCCUUUUGAGAACCUAGACAAUUAUGUCAAAACAUUAACGUGAGACGCGUCCAAUGGCAAUGCAAUCUAAAUGUAAAUGUCGCUAUGAGGUGGAUUGCUUAGUUUUCGUACCUCUCAUGUAUACCGUUUUUCGUUGUUGAACAUCGCUUGGCAAUCCGCAAUGCCCUUGCACGUUGCAGUCACAAUCGCGUCCACCGUUGCCUGGAAUUCUCAUUGGAGUGGCGGCUCCACUGGGGAGAUGGUGAGGAGUAUGUAUGAUGUUAUCGUCAACCUCAUAACCAUGCCUCCGGAAGGGAAGACCGAUAUGGAUCGUGUGGGCCUAUUUAAAGAAAUGGGCUAUAUUACCAUCGGCGACAAGUACACCGUGAAUACUUACAGACCUUUCAAUGAAUCGGCUCAUAAAAAUAAGCAGAUGGUUGUCAGCAGCCCAAAGAAGAAGUCAGGACUGCAAGUGGGGUACUUUGACGCUCAGUUCAAAAGGAUCUUUGAGAAGGAGGCCAGCACAGACCCUGUGAAACUCCGCAGGCAAUACAGGAUGCAACAGGCCAAAAAGAACAUCGGGAAGGCUUUUUUACCUAGCAACGGCGAAAAGAAACCGUCAGGAAUUGGCAGCUACUAUGGGACACUGGGUGGACCUGUGCAGGCCCUGAGCGCACUGCAGGUUCAAAGAAAACCUUACCAGUCACCAGGAAAAAAUGUCCUAACAAGCCCCCCCAAAAAAGGAAGUGGAUAUGGAUAUCCAAAUGUCACCUUAUCCAAAAGGGACACAUACUCCACAGACCCGUAUGACAGAGCAAGAGAGAUGAUGAAGAAGGAGAUAAUCAGUGACAGGACCAUGAUGAAAGGAGGGCCCUUUCGUUUGAAUCUGCACCCAAGGGAUUGUUUCGACGGCAAUCCCUACAAGCUCGAUAAGGCCUUACCUCCUGUGAAGAAUACGGAGAGCAAAAAGGCCCAGGUGGUCCCAUUCAAGCCAAGCUCACCAAGCAAAAGGAUCGGGGGCAUGAAGGCGGGAACCUUUGACAUCUACCCUUCCCAUUCUGCAGACCCCUAUAUCGCCAGACGUUCCAAGUCUGUCACCACCAAUAAAGAUGGGAAGAUAUUCCACCCAUCUCCUGGACCCAAGACCAUGCCUGUGAGCAGCAUUAUCAACGUCAAUGUCAAGAAAGCGAUUAAUUCUGCAAAGUGCACAGCGGUACCAUCUGUGAUGGCGUACUAACAGCUGAAUCUGCCUGCCAUAUUUCAUCAUUGCAUUUCCCCCAGAGCAAGUCCUUUCUGCUCACUGUGGCCAAACACAAAAACUCACCACUAUGCACAGGAAACUGUCACCUGAAAUGCCAUGGGCUACCAAGGACAGUGAAACAUGAUGCAACUUUAGGUAGGUAGAAUAAGGAUGUCUUUGAUUGAAGAGCAAAGUGUCAUCUGUCUAAUGCCACUUUGAAACACUGAUGAAAACAAUGGCACUUCAACACAUGGAUAUUUUAAGUAAUGAGAAGUGAUUUUGAGAUGACACCUCUUUUGGAAAUUGUAGUUCUGAAAACAAGGUGAGUCAAUAUCAAAGUAUUCACACACGGAUUUCUGCCACACAUUGAUAAGGAUUUGGCUUAUGCACUUAAUGUGUCCUGUACUUUUGAAAAAUUGUCAAUAUAUAAUCAGUUCAGUAUGUUCCUUAUGAAAUCAUUCAUUUAUACAAACAUACAGCAUAUUGAAUUCACAUUCAUAUUGUAACCUGAAAACCUUGUUUACAAUGCUAGAGAAGUACAAAUGUCAUAAUUACUGAGCAAAAAUACUUUGAGCAUAUACAGGACUUAAUUAUUCUUCAUUUGGGAUUUAGUGACCUUUUGAUGGUCAGAUAGUGAAGAUUCUUGCGGUGGGACCUAACCCUAACCCUAACCCAUUGGAAAAAAUUACUUUCAUUUUUUGGAAGUAACUACUGCUCCUUUGUAUUGUAAUAGGUUACCUGUUUAUGAAAAAUAAAGAGAACUUCAUGCUAAAAUCACAGUGAAUUGAUGUUCCCAGUAGUAAUUGGACUCCCUUCCUGGAUUCCAUUUUCAUGAGUGAUGCAUUUUGCAUCACCUGGGAAGCCACACCCACUGUCAGUUUAGUUGAGCCAAAGAUAGCUUUUUCAGAUAGAGGAUGUGGCAGGUAAAAUAUCAAGACAACCAGUACUUAGAGAAGUAUGAUGUAGGAGUUGAAGAACCAGUAAAAAAAAAACUAGCAAAUUCGCCUGAAGUUCCCUUCCACCAUGUUUGUUGUACUGUUAUACAUCCAUGCAGUGCGUUUGUGGUUGCAAUUAUAUUAUGUAUUGAAAAUUUUUGACAAAUAAUAAAAUACAGAGAAAAAUGAAUUACUGAUUACUGGUGGCUACACAGAAUUACAGUGCAGGCGGGAAAUAAACUGUAGCACAAUA